UCGGAGCGCACACAUCGAACAGGGGCGCGGAUCCAUCUUGACUCUGAGGAUCUCUGUGCGAGGAAGAUGGCGUCUGACGAGGUGCUGUCCUCUCUGGGGGUGGGGGGAGCCAUGGCUGCAGCUCACGCUCUGUCUCUUCCUGCUGACGCUUACGGAAAUGACCCGCGGCUCGAGGCCAUGUGGGCGAUGAAGGCGUACAACCACGCUGAGGUUUACUUCAACCUCAUUUCAUCAGUGGAUGCAAAGUUCCUGAAACUAACUAAACUGGACGAUAGUAUCUAUUCGUCCUUCAGAGAAACGUUCAAAGAUCUCGACAUUAAACUUCUGAAAACAGACGACCUGAAAUCUAACGAAGCCAAAGAGCGCUGGCGUCCGUUCUGUAACCAGUUCGAAGAACUCAUCGAAGAUUUCAACUACGGGACUCUGCUGCGUCUGGACUGUGAGAAGGAUUACACCGAGGAAAACACCCUCUUCGCCACCAGGGCGCAGUUCUUCGCUGUUGAAAUCGCCCGUAACAGAGAAGGAUGUAACGACGCCGUGUUCAAGUCUAAAAGUGCGAAGUUAACAUCCUAACAAACCCAGACAGAACCAAUCGAGCGUUUCUCCAGGAACCAGGAAACUUCAACUUUUAAACUUAGUUUUAUGAAAACGUUCCUUCAUGUAUAAUUCAGAUUCAUACGUGACGUCAGUUCUGUUUCACCUGCAUUUUGUAUUUACUGUAAAAUUAUAUUGUGCCAAUUAUAAGUGCUCGUUUUUUUUUUUUGUUGAAAAUAAAUGUUAGUGCCUGAAAAGGAAACAAAUAAAGAAUCCAAGUUCAAA